CUCCUUUUCGUUUUCCUCUACAGAUGGUGUAAACAUUGAGACGGCAACCUGUAAGUUUCGGAUGAUAAUGGUGACCCACGACAUGCUCUUCAGCAGUGUCACUGUUCAGGUAGAAGAUAUGCAGUCUCAUGAAUUCCUGUCUCCAAAGCUUCUUCAGUUCAUUGAUGCCCUUGCUGGUAUAAUUCCUGCCAACCAGGACCUGGUCUACCUCUUCAGCAUCAAAGAUGAGGAAACUAUGAUCCUCAACAUCACCUUUGCUGCACAACGUCCUGAUGGAUCCUUCUUCAGCUCUCAAUACCUACAGGAAAGGGUCUAUCUCAAGCGUAGCCAGCUUUCUGAAGCGCUAGGUGCUACUGUUCUUCCAUUUGGGGAUAACCUUUGCCUCAAUGAGAUUUGCAGCGACUUUUACCAGUGCAUUGCCCCUCUUGUCUUCUGGACACCAGGUGGUUUCAUUGCAACAACUUCGGUCAUCUUCCGUUCCAUCCAUCCAGAGACGAUCUACAAAUGCGACUGUCCUCCCGGGUUCACAGGGAACUACUGCAUGACAGAGAUCAACUUCUGCUACUCCAACCCAUGCAUGAACCAAGGAGUUUGUGUUCAGAAAGAAGCUGGUUAUACCUGCCUCUGUGAAGAAGGAUUUAUAGGAACGAACUGUGAGAUUGACAUUGGUACAGGACGUUGUGCAGGGGCAACAGACAGCAUCUGCAAACAUGGUGGAACCUGUCGUAACUUCCUCAACGGAGGCUUUGAUUGUAGCUGUCCAAACCCUAACGAAUUUGAUGGUCCAUUUUGUCAGAUUCGGACAAGGAAUUUUCCACCAAAUUCAUUCAUGAUGUUCUGGUCGCUGAGUCAGAGAGUGAGGCUCCAACUGUCUGUCAGCUUUGCCUCCCUGGAGCCCAACGGACUGAUCUUCUACAAUGGCCGCUACAACCAGCAGCAUGACUUCAUUGCUCUAGAGAUUGUCAAUAGCCAAGUUCGCUUCUCAUUCUCUACUGGUAGCACUGUCACCACGGUAACCGCAUCAAGACAAGGAGGAGUCAGCGAUGGGGAGUGGCACACUGUUGCAAUUGAUUACAAUUUCAGAACUGCUAGGAUUAUUCUUGAUGAUUGUGAUCCUGCUGUUGCUCUUGAUAAUGGUCAUCAGUUUGAUGAUUUUACCUGUGCUGCAGAAACACAAUACCUUGGAGAACUCAGAUUCCUAGAUCUGAAUGGACCCUUUAUCAUUGGUGGGCUCCCAGAGCUACCAAGUGAGUUCCCUGUGGAGAAUACAGACUUCAAAGGCUGUCUACGUGAUAUAUACAUCAAUAAUGAACUCUUGGACCUUGCUACCAAUGUGGAGGACUAUAACACCCAGCCAGGCUGCCCUCACAUGGCUAAUUUCUGUGAGAGUGACCCCUGUCAUACUGGAGGAACUUGUGAGAAUGGAUGGGAUCGUUAUCAUUGUCACUGCUCAGAAGGAAGUGGAGGUGUUAAUUGUCAGGAAGCCUUGUCCACACCGAUUCGUUUUAUUGGUGAGAGCUACAUGAGAUUUGAUCUUGAUCAUCCAAUCACCUUACCCUGGACCAAUCGUGUUGUAUUCCGUACCGGCCAUGCCGAUGGCGUCCUCAUGUUUAUCCAACUGUCAAACAACAUCAACAUUCGCAUCGAGCUUGUUGAAGGUCACCUUCAUUAUGUGACCAGUUCAGUGGAUGUCCAACUUGACCAGGCUAUAUUCAAUGACAGAGAAUGGCAUGAUAUCAAGGCAGAAUGGAAAAAUGAUAAAAUCAAACUCUCUAUGGAUUUUGACAAGUACAGGACAUCUGUUCGUGCGACUGAUAACAUCAAUGGAAAGACUGUACAGAGGGUUGAUCUAGGAGGUAGAUUAACUGAUAAUGGAAUGUAUAAUGCUUUCACCGGAUGCAUGCAGGGUAUGUCUAUUGGUGAAAGUCACCUUGAUCCAUCUACUGUUGAAGGAGUGAACAUUGAAGAGGGCUGUAAUGUCCCUAAAGCCUGUGAUACCGCUCAGUGUCCAAUCAACAGUGUAUGUGUGGAUUUAUGGGAUUCAUUUGAAUGCCAGUGUGAUAAAGGUUAUGUUGGUCCCAACUGUGUAUCUGCCUGUGACCUACGUGUCUGUGAGCAUGGAUCCUUCUGUAAUCUUGACAAGUCUGCAGAGUUUGGCUACACCUGUACCUGUUCUGACCUCUACUAUGGAGAUCACUGUGAGAAUAUCAUAGAUGAAUGUGAUGAUGAUUGGUGGGGUCAUCAGAUAUGUGGACCUUGUGAAUGUGAUGAGGAGAUGGGAUUUGAAUCUGCCUGUAACAAGACAACCAGUGAAUGCUAUUGUGCUGAACAUUCCUACAGACCAUCAGAUAGUGAUACCUGCUUUCCUUGUAACUGCUAUGAGAUUGGAUCACUAGGCCAGGAUUGUGAUCAAGAGACUGGGGCUUGUACCUGCAAGAGAGGUGCUAUUGGUAGGCGAUGUGAUGAAUGUGUUGAUCCACAUGCUGAGGUCACUCUUAGAGGUUGCGAAGUGGUAUAUGACUCGUGUCCUAAGCGUUUUUCUGAAGGUCUUUGGUGGCCAAGAACCAAGUUUGGAAAGACAGCUAUCCUUGACUGCCCAGGAGAGAGCUAUGGCUUUGCUACACGAUACUGUGAUUAUGAGAAUAACUGGCAAAUGCCCAACCUUUUCAACUGUACCUCAGAUAAUUUCCUCCAGCUUCAGAAUAUACUUGAAAAUCUGCAGAAUGGUCAGAAACUAUAUCCAGAAGUUUCCUUCAACAUUGCCAUGAAGCUCCAAGAAGCAACUAAUGAGACAGAUAAUUUCCAUGGGAAUGACAUCAAUAUAGCUUACCAGGUCCUUGGCUAUCUUCUCAGACAUGAAAGUAAACAGGUGGGACUGAAUGUGACUGCCACCAUCAUGAAGUCCUUUACAAAGAACAUUGUUGAGACAGUGAGCCGAUUGUUUGAGCCUCAGAAUAGAAUUCAUUGGGAGAUGAUCCAGGAGACUUCACGAGGAACGGCUGAGAUCAUGGAGGACAUGGAAAAAUUUGCUCUCAACAUUGCAAAAUUCACCAACUCUUUCUCCUAUACCCCAGAAUUCUCCAUCAUUACCCCCAAUAUCAUCAUGCACCAUGAUAUCAUCCUGCGUGAAAACUUCUCUGUGAGAGCUGUCCCUGAGUACGGGAAAGAAGCUUUACUUUCCCUUGAUGAUAACUCUCAAGUUCACAUCCCUGGUGAUCUGAUCCAACCAAGGACAGAGAUUGAUGAUCCUAAUCAGAUCUCUAUUACUAGUAAUGUUGCUGUGACAGCCUUCAUUCUCUACUCCACUCUACAGAAUCUUCUUCCUAACAGCACAAUGGACAAUGUCAGGAAACCAGAUAACCAUGUUGGUCAGAUCAUAGAUUCUCCAGUAGUAUCCUUCUCUAUCUAUGAUGAGCUAGCCAAUGGUACGCUGCCUGACCCUCUCCUGUCUCCAGUCAUUAUAGAGUUCCAGUCUAUAGAUGCAGUCAACAGGAGUGGACCGCAAUGUGUCUUUUGGGAUUUUGAGUAUAAUAAUGGUACUGGUGGAUGGUCAUCUGAUGGUUGUGAGCUGAGUGGAUAUAACAGGACACAUAUCAAUUGUUCCUGUACACAUCUUACUAAUAUAGCAGUCAUCAUGGAUAAUGCACCUUACAUGUAUGUAGAGGAAGUGAUGAUCACUCUGUCUAUAGCUGUCUAUGUUGGUGUUGGUAUUGCCAUCUUGUGUCUCCUAAUCACCUUCCUAACACUCCUGGGCGUGUCCAACCUGCACACCAAUCUCAAUAGCAUACAUAUCAAUCUAUGCUUUGUACUCAUCGCAGCUGAGGUUACAUUCGGUGUUGGCAUCAGUACAGAAAACAAUUAUGCCUGUACAGCCGUGGCCAUCAUCCUUCACUAUGCCCUCCUCUCAGCAUUUGGCUGGAUGUUUGUAGAAGGUAUCCAUCUCUACCGGAUGAUGACAGAGAUCCGUGAUAUCAACACCGGUCCCAUGACAUAUUCCUAUGUAUUAUCAUAUGGUCUGUCAGCUCUAAUUGUUGGUUUGGCUGUUCCACUCAGUAACAUCAAUUAUGGCUCACAGGUCAACAGCAGAAAUGAACACUUCUGUUGGUUUUCUGUAGAAGACUUGUUGAUUUGGAGCUUUGCUGGACCAGUUCUUGCAGUAGUAGCUAUGAAUAUGGUAGUCAUCUUCCUUGCCAUCAUGGAGUCCUGCAGAUCAGCCAAUAAGAAUCCAGAAUUUGGCAAACUGAGGUCUGGUAUCCGAUCAGCAGGCAUCCUUCUACCACUGCUUGGUAUUACUUGGGUGUUUGGUUUAUUAGCUGUCAAUCAAACUCUCAUCAUCUACCAGUAUCUAUUUGCUAUCUUCAAUAGCAUUACAGGAAUAGCCAUUCUCCUAUUCCAUUGUGUGCUUGAUUAUAGGGUACGGAAUGAAUGGUGUAGAUGUUGUCACAGGAUGCAAGGAAAACAAUACAAACCAGAAGUUAAUAACAGCAUUAACUCACGAUCUGCCCUGACAUAUAGUAAAAAUGAUUCCAUCGGCACACCGGGUAGAUAUAACAUUGGCAUAUCAACAGCAUCAAUAGGCGCAAGUAGCCGUUCAUCAAAAAUGAGUAACAACCCUCAUGUUUAUCGACCUGAUGGCUACCUACGCAAGACGGCCAGUACAACUACCACUUCACCAUCAGCCCAUUUUGAUUAUGUGCCAUCCUACUACAAAAAUAAUGCUGAAACAAAUUUAGAUGCAGCUCAUAUGGGUAUGAUGGGACACACCAACCCUGUUAUGAAUGUAUUAGAAGCAGUGUAUACCUUUCAAAAGGAUUGGCCUGUCAAGCUGUAUAAUGAUUCUGAUUCAGACAGUGAUGCAUCAGUUCAGCGUCAAAGAGAUAGUAUGUCAUUAGCAUCAUCUCAUUCUUCUGACGAUGAGGAAAUAGCACCCUUACCUAAUAAAGAACAAUGGAAAAGCACACCUAAAAAAGUUCAUUUACCAGAUAAUAUUCCCCAAACUACCAUAGCACCAAUCCAUAGUACACCAAAAGUAAAACCAUCACCAGAGAUGCUUCACAAGAAAAUAUAUUCUGGUGAUAUUUUAACAAAUGAUAAUGAGUCACGCCAUAGAGCAGAGCUUAAGAUAUUAGAUCCUAAACUCCCUCCACCAGAUAGUGAUAGAGAUGGAAGUCAGAACAGUGGAAGUGUGUCAGGAAGUCGGACACACUUACCGGCAGUCUCUCAACGUCCUGAUAUCCUACCAUUAAAAGGUAUCAUGAAGACACCAGGUAGCUCUCAUAAAGGAUCACCAAAUACCACAAGCAGCUCACAUAGUAGUCUGACUAAGAUUCCAGCUGAUGUCACAAGCCACAGGGACAAACUGACUGUUAGGCCGGCUGGAGGUCAAGGAGACAACGAUUCAGAUUGUGUUGAUUUAAGAUCUGGUGGAAGCAGCAAUGAGACUUCUGUAUGACAGUAAUAACAGCUGAGAAACUGCACUUGAUGGACUAUAAAUUUUCUACCAACGAGGGGGCAAUUGCAAAUCUACUUGUACAGAUAGGCUAAUAUGAGUUUGCAAACCAAGGACAAACUGGAAUAUUUUAAACAAGAGUGAAUGGAUUGUGAAAGUUGAUAUCAAAGUGUACAGUUUUUGUUUUAUACUCGUGUUAUUAAGCCUGUAUUUGCUCAAAUAUAAUUGUUGUAAACCAUGUGCAAAUGAUAUGAAAUGCAUGUACUAUGAUACUGAUAACUAGCAUUGAAAGUUUUCUUACAUAAGGGUGUCUAUGAUUUGAUCUGAAAUCUUUUUGAUAUUUGAAUGAAUUUAAUGAGUAAUAUAUUAAGAUUUGUUGAUUUCUAAGCUCUAUGUUUCUUUAUGAUACAAAAUGAAAUAACCAUGUCCAUCAAACUUUGGAAAGUACAUGAAAUUGUAUAUGUAAAUUAUUUGUACAGUACUAUUUAAGAACAGUUUCCAUGAAAGUACAGUAUCAUCAUGAGAAAAAAAAUAUUACUGUUUGUCAGUUGUUUUUUUUCAUUAUUUAUGUCUAUCCUGUCUCACAAUGUACUGAAAGCAAAAUGAACUCUGAUCUUAUUUUGAGCAUGUGCUUACUUUGCUUUAAGAAUACACUGAUCAAGCUUCAAAAUAGGAGAAUCAUUCAAUAAAAUAGGAACAAUAAAAAUGUUAUGUAUACAGUUUAAAUGUUUUUCAUUCACCAUAAUUAGUGAUGUUUUACUCUUGCAAUGCUUGUAUAAAAUUUCUUUAACAUGUGUGUGUGUUUUUAAUAUCACUGCUAAGCAGUAUAUUCUUUAUUUUAGUCUUUAUUGUAGUUAUUUAUUAUUUUUGCUGUUAACAUUCUUUUGUAAUUAUGAUUGAGCUAGAUACAAUUUAUUGCACCUACUACAUUUUAUUAUCAUUUUGUUGUAUAAAAUGCCUUGCCAUGUUUAAAGUAUUUGUAUAUUUUGGUUAGCACAUUUUUUUCAAUAGAUAUAUUAAUUGUAAUGAAAGAGAAAUUUUAGAUUAUACCCUCUUGGUUUUUCUAUCACUCCUGGUAUAUGUACUUACAUGUAGAUUACUUCUCCAGUUGAGAUUUAAGUUUAGAUAGAAAUUUUCACCUUUCCCUGUAUUCAGAAGUAUGGAAAUGAUUUGUAUAAAUUUGUUUUAUUAUUUCUACAGAAAAUGGCCAAAGACUUCCUAUUAUUAGGCAAUAUAUCGUUUAAUAAUGUAAGCACAGGUGUUAAGAGAUCAAAAUCAUAUCUCCAUCCAAUGUAUCACCUUUGUUGAUUUGUACUAUUUGCACAGUUCCAUUUAAAACAAAAAUUAAUCUCAGUUCAUGAAAUAAUUUUGGUUUUGUAUUCAUGUUGGUGUCAAGGGACAAUUAAUAUAGCUGUUGCUUUCUGAAAUGUUGGAAUGCCAAACCACUUUAAUUUAAUAGGAUGUUAACUAGCAAUUUUUUUCCUACAGUAAUUUAUGGACCAUAACAAUACCAGAUCAGUCAAGGAAACAAUUACCGACGGAUAGGGAAUGUUGGAGUUGGAGUUGAUAUGCUUGUAAAUAUUGGUUUUGAAUGGAUGUUAUGUACAUGUUGAGAUAUAUCUGUAUUGAUUGUGCAGAUGUUAUAGUAUCAGCUGCAUUUUGUAAGAUAAAAGAAAGAUGUUACAUUGAUCAGUCAUUAAGUGAUUAAAACCUAGGGAUUGAAAUAUAUUAUGCACCCGAAAAUGAUAGACAGGUACUGGAUCACACAUAAUUUGAAUAAUUCUUUAUUAUUUAAAGGAUAAAAGAAAUGUAAGAAUGAAUAGAAAAUAAAUUUUGGAUAUUUAAUUUGGAUAUUUUGUUUCUUAUAUAUUGAUUUCAUUCUUGAAUGUUUUGUGAUUUCUUCUGGAAAUAUUAUUUGAAUUAUGCAAUUUUUGUUAUCUUCCAUAUGAUAUGACUCAUUGAGCAUCCUUGUAUAGCUUCCUGUACUAUGGUCUUUUCUUUCAUUGUUUGAUAACCAUUUUUGACUCAAAAGUUAUGUUUGUUGUAAAUUUUUCUGGAUGCAGUUUGAUAAGCUGCCUUUUUAAACCUGAAAUUGGCACUGGAAUGCUCUUGUCAGACAAAUGUUUGUAGGGUUGAACUAUUCACAUACAAUAGCUCCCCCCUCUAGACCUUUGUUUGACCUGUACAUUCCUCUGAAUCAAUUGGGGUGUCCAAACCACCUUAGGAUUGUAUAGAUCUUGUCCUUGUGUGAGAAAUAAAGUCUUACUCUGUUGAAUUUACAGUCCAUAGAGAAAUUCAUUUUUUUAGUACAUUCUAGAUGUUAAAGCUUGACUAGUACCAAAUCCGAUCGAACAGGAAAUAGAAAUUUUCUCAUAUGCUUUAGUUACUUCUGUUCACUGAACUUUAGAUUUUCAUUAUUGAAAGAAAUUAACAAUUAUAUGAUUUGAUAUUUCCAACUUUCUUCCUGUUUCAGCCUUCUUCCAAUAUGAAAAUUAAUGAACAUUCAUAAACUGAUUUGAAUGUUCAUAAUAAUGUUAUGAGUGUCUUUGACUCAACAAGGGUCAUUGGAUAAUCCAUUCAUAUCGAAUUAAGUUUAACCAUUGUUGUGUCUUAAAAUGGAAAUGACUUUGUAUUCCUAUAGUAGAACACAAUACUCUUUAGAAAACUGAAUAUCUCUAACUGUACACUGUGCUCUUGUAGUCUUUAUGGAAGAUGUGUUCAAAUGUAGUCAUAUCUUUUUGAACUGUCAGUUGUUCACUUGUUCUGCUUUAGCUUGCUGUAGAUGUAAGAUAAAAACUGAGAAUAAAAAAAUGCAG